AUGUCCGAACCAGGCCCCGAAUCCAUCCCCACAAGCGCCGACCGCCGCAGCAAUCGCCCUUUAAAACGCCGCGCCCUCAACACCCCGCACUCUGAACAAGCCUCCCAAAUCUCCUCCCUCUUCCGCGACCCCUCCAAAGAACUCAAACUCCCCGAAGCCUCGCGCCAAAAGACCGCGUCCAACUUACCCCCGCCGCCCGAAAUCGUCGCGAAUGUUCAGGGGUCGUCGGCUGGUGCGGGAUCUGGAGAAUUUCAUGUGUACAAGGCGAGUCGGAGGAGGGAGUAUGAGAGGUUGAGGUUGAUGCAAAGUGAGGUUGACCGGGAGAAGGGGGAUGAGGAAUGGGAGAAGGAGAGGGAGGAGACGAGGAGGAGGGAUGAGGAGAAGACGGAGAAGAAUCGGAAGAGGAGGGAGAAGAGAAAUGCGACGAAGAAGAAGAGUAAUGGGAAGAAGGGAGGUGGUGCUGGUGCUGGUGCCAAUGGGAAUGGGAAUGGGGAUAAUGGUGGUGAGAGGAUGGCUGUUGAUGACACUGGGGUGGAUGCUCAUGCUGGUGCUCAUGGUGCAGGUGUUGUGGAGGAGACGCCGGGUGUUAUUAUCCAUGAGGAUUGA